AUGGCAACUUCUGAAGGAAGAGCUUCAUUCGCUUCAAUUGCCAAUCUAGAAAGAGAAAAUAGAAAAUUUCACUACAAUGAUGACUACAGUGAUUCUGUCUGGGCUGUGUCUGAAGGUCAGAGUGCCUGUACAUCAGCCCCGAUAUCCGUGAGGCAAGAGUUUCCCCUCAAGUAUCCCCUUGAAUCUGAGGAUUUUCUUGAUGAAGGAUAUGAUUCAAGUGAGGAUCCUUCUAAUUAUGUGCAAAAAAAUACGACUCCUGAAGUGAAUUUAAAAAAUGUGUUGACUGGGAUAAUUGCCAUUUUGACUGGACGUAAUAAAGAUUUAAGUUCCAGUGGAGGUCAGCAAUUUUCCGGUUCAAAUGUUUCCUUUCUUGGGUCUGCAAAGAAUGGGGAUACUUUCUUGCAUUCCUCAGUUUACAUACCUAGUGCUCCGCCACUUCUUGAGCCGAAUGGGAUUAACUAUAGUGCUUACAAAGAGGUCUUGGAAGCUGAACCCCCAGAAUGGCUUCCCGACAGUUGUACGGCAGCUUGCAUGCAGUGCACUGCUCCCUUCACAGCCCUUACUCGUGGCAGACAUCAUUGUAGGUUUUGUGGAGGGGUUUUUUGUAGGGCAUGUUCAAAGGGGAGAUGCCUAUUACCUGUUAAGUUCAGAGAGAGGAAUCCACAACGAGUGUGCGAUACCUGCUAUGAUAGGCUCGAUCCCUUGCAAGGUGUACUCAUCAACACCAUCAGCAAUGCUGUGCAAGUUGCAAAGCAUGAUGUCAUUGAUUGGACAUGCACAAGAGGUUGGCUAAACCUUCCAGUGGGUUUAUCCAUGGAGCAUGAGAUAUACAAAUCAUGUGUUACGUUGAGGAGUUAUUGCCAGAUUGCAAGACGAGGCAAACUUCUUGAUUGA